AUGGAGGCUGUGUACCUGGUAGUGAAUGGGGUGGGCCUGUUGCUGGAUGUGCUGACCUUGGUGUUGGACCUCAACUUCCUGCUGGUGUCCUCCCUCCUGGCUUCCCUGGCCUGGCUCCUGGCCUUCAUCUACAACCUGCCACAUACGGUACUGACUAGUCUUCUGCACUUGGGCCGUGGAGUCUUGCUGUCACUGCUGGCCUUCAUCGAAGCCGUGGUUCCCUUCACCUUUGGGGGCUUUCAGGCCUUGUGUACCGUACUAUACAGCUGCUGUUCUGGCCUGGAGAGUUUAAAGCUCCUGGGGCACCUGGCCUCCCACGGGGCGCUUAGGAGCCGGGAGAUCCUGCACCGGGGUGUCCUCAAUGUGGUCUCCAAUGGCCAUGCUUUGCUGCGCCAGGUCUGUGACAUCUGUGCCAUCACCAUGAGCCUGGUGGCCUAUGUGAUCAAUAGCCUGGUCAACAUCUGCCUCAUUGGCACUCAGAACCUCUUCUCCCUGGUGCUGGCCCUGUGGGAUGCAGUGAUGGGACCUCUGUGGAGGAUGACGGACGUAGUGGCUGCUUUCCUAGCCCACAUUUCCAGCAGCGCUGUGGCCAUGUCCAUCCUCCUCUGGACCCCCUGCCAACUGGUACUGGAGCUCUUGGCCUCCGCUGCCCGACUCCUGGCCAGCUUUGUGCUUGUCAAUCUCACUGGCCUGGUGCUGCUGGCUUGCGUGCUGGCAGUGACAGUGACUCUGUUGCACCCGGACCUCACCCUGAGGCUGGCCACCCGGGCGCUCAGUCAGCUCCAUGCCCGGCCAUCCUACCACCGGCUCAGAGAGGAUGUUGUGCGGCUCUCUCGCCUAGCACUGGGCUUGGAGACCUGGCGCCGAGUCUGGAGCCGUAGCCUGCAGCUGGCGAGCUGGCCUAACCGGGGAGGGGCCCCCGGGGCCCCCCAGGGUGGCCCUAGGAGGGUGCCCUCAGCCAGGACCUGGCGACAGGACGCUCUUCCUGAAGCUGGGCCCAGAUCAGAGGCAGAAGAAGAGGAGGUCAGGAUGGCCAGAGUGACGGCUGCCCGGGGCCGGGAGAGGCUCAACGUGGAGGAGCCUGUAGCUGGGCAAGACCCAUGGAAAUUGCUGAAGGAGCAAGAGGAGCGGAAGAAGUGCGUCAUCUGCCAGGACCAGAGCAAGACGGUGCUGCUUCUGCCUUGUCGGCACCUGUGCCUCUGCCAGGCCUGCACUGAGAUCCUGAUGCGCCACCCCGUCUACCACCGCAACUGCCCACUGUGCCGCCGGGGCAUCCUGCAGACCCUCAACGUCUACCUCUGA